AUGGUCGAAAAAUUUGGACUUCAAACUAACAGUUGGGUGUUAGAGACAUAUGAGAAGUGUCAUAUGUGGGCUAAGGCAUAUAUGCGUGGACAUUUCUUUGCUGGGAUGAAGAGCACUCAGCGCUCGGAGAGUAUGAAUGCUUAUUUCAAUCCCUUCUUCCCACACAAAUUGAAGCUAUAUGAAUUUGUUAGGCACUAUGAUCGGGCUCUUGCAAGGAUAAGGUAUAACGAGGCUAGAGAUGAUGUUGAAACAAAUAACACUUUUCUAGUAUUGAUUACUCCAUUGCGAGAUAUAGAGAGACAUGGAGCUGAGCUAUUCACCCGAAAUGUACUUAGAAUGUUCCGUGAUGAAAUAUUAGAAGAGAGGAAGUUGAAUGUCAAGGACGUGUUCCCUUUGCCGAAUGCCGAAAAUUUAACGCAAAUUCCCCCAACUUGUGUGCUGCAUAGAUGGACAAGGGUUGCAAGCAAGGAUGGCCAGCAAUGGCCUCAACCCUCAAUUGAUAGCACUGCAACACAAACGGCCCGGUAUGGGAUAUUGAGUUCUUCCUACAAUGAAAUGUGUUUCUAUGCCUCGCAAUCAACGAAAGGUUUCAAAGAGGCUAGGGAUGCAUGUCUUCCGAUGACGAGCCGGGUGAAGGAGUUAUAUGAGAGGAAUCUGAACGAUGGGAAUGGAGACAAAGGGAAACAUUCAUUCCCUCAACAAUUUGGAGUAGAAGAUCCUGAUGUUGUGAAGACAAAAGGGAACCCGAGACGGGCCACGUCCAACUGUCGAAGACCAAGAAAAUAUGGGAAUUACAAAUGCAUUGGGCACACAAAGAGAACGUGUCCUAAGGUUCGGUUUAGCCGAACAGUGGGUAGUAACUCAGAUGCAGAUACAACCCGCAUAAUUGACCGUGAGUACAAUGCGGAGUCAUUGCCCGUUCGCUGCAAAACCAGGUUGGUGGAUCCAAGUACACCACGCAUUAAGCAACGACGACUAUUUUUCGAUGCUUCUCCUGAUUCCAAGCUGCCUGUUGGCCAAUACGGUAAUGUUGAAGUAGCAGUGUGCAAAAAUGAUUCGACCACAAUUGAUGAGGUGAAUCAGGUAGACAGUACUAGCUAUUGA